UUCCCCGCCUCGCCACCACCUACGAUCUCGCGAGACUUGGCCCAGAACAUUGCGGAUCGGGUCGGCGCCAUUUUGGGACUGAGACUGGUUGUGGGGGAGGGAAAAGCGGCAAAAGGGGAUUAUUCAAAGUGCCGAAAACCUCCUCCCGGGAUCGAGCGCAGCGGCACCCCCAGGCCAGGGGUACCUCUGGUGGGGCAGAAGGUGAUUGAAUUACUCAGAUGUGAAGAUCGUCUUCUGAGUUUUGUGUAAAAGGCCCCGGAUAUUUCAUGUGGCCAUUUUGGAAUUACAGUGUUUUUGGAUAAUUUUGCCCCAGAAGUUUAUUAAAAUUGGCAAGAAUCGUCUCUGAAGUUAAUUGAUAGUGCUAUCAAUUCAAGAAGCUACCCAGAAAGAGACCCAGAUAUUCAUCAAUAUUUUGGUUCAAACGGAUUAUAUAACUGGCUAAAGUAUUUCAGCUGGUAGCACCCCCUCCUGCUGUUGGUGUUCUUCAGCCAAAAUUGUAAGAUAUGAUUAAUUUGUGUAUUGAGUAGUUUCAGCAGUUUCAAAUUAUUGUUUAACUAUUACUGAAGUUUCAUGGCAAUUUAUUUUUACCUUUAUUAAGUUUUAGGGAUUUUCUGACCUCAGUCCUUCCCAUGUCUCAGUGGAACAGCUUUUCUGGAUGAAGAUAUUGAAAGAAUACAGAGUUUUUUUUCUUGUUACCUUUAUAAUUUACGGGGAAAUUUAAGAUGUUGCAGUUUCCCACCAGCGUGGUAGUAUUGAGAUAGCUAUUCGUGUCUGUAUGCUGAAGUUUAGGAGUACUCUUCAGAUGUGAAAUUUUCUUUUUGUUUCUGCUUUUUGACUCAUAACUUGGAUAUUUCUUCUGGAGUGGGAUAAAUACAACAGUGACAAGUACAUGGAAUAAUAAAGAAGACUGAUCUUAAAUCCAAAGAACUUGGCUAAUUUUGGAGAUAGCCAUAUGAAAACUUUAAAACAGAAGUAUGGGUAGCUGACUUGAAAUAACUCUAUGUCAAAUAGUCAUAGGUUAAGUAUCUUCAAAGAACUUGGAUAUUUCAGAGGAUACAAAAUAAAAAAACAAACUGGAAAACAUAAAGAUUACAGAGAAAAAGUCAACACCUUCUUGUGCAGUCCUGUUGGAAUUUGUAAGUACUCUUAUGGGACUUGCCAUGAGGUGUUGAAGCCUUGUUUCACUGAGUUGGAGAGACUGGACCUAAAUGGCGCAGCAUGACUUUGCUCCAGCCUGGCUUAAUUUUCCUACUCCACCAUCCUCAACAAAGUCAUCACUGAAUUUUGAAAAACACUCUGAAAAUUUUUCAUGGACAGAAAAUCGAUAUGAUGUGAAUCGUCGACGACAUAAUUCUUCAGAUGGCUUUGAUUCUGGUAUUGGACGUCCUAAUGGAGGUACCUUUGGAAGGAAAGAAAAAAAUGGAUGGCGUACACACGGCAGAAAUGGUACAGAAAACAUAAAUCACCGAGGGGGAUACCAUGGUGGAAAUUCUCGUUCUCGUAGCAGUAUUUUCCAUUCUGGAAAAAGCCAAGGACUACAUGAAAAUAACAUACCUGACAAUGAAACUGGGAGGAAAGAAGACAAAAGGGAACGAAAACAGUUUGAGGCUGAGGAUUUUCCUUCUUUAAAUCCUGAAUAUGAAAGAGAACCAAAUCAGAAUAAAUCUUUAGCUGCAGGUGUUUGGGGCCUACACGCCCAGACACACACAUACCCAACCAAAAAAAUCUCCCAAGCUCCUCUCUUAGAAUAUCCUCCGAAUCCUAAAUCUAGAACUCCAAGAAUGCUGGUCAUUAAGAAAGGUAAUACAAAAGAUUUACAGCUAUCUGGAUUCCCAGUAGUAGGAAAUCUUCAGUCGCAGUCAGUUAAGAAUGGAACUGGUCCAAGUGUUUAUAAAGGCUUAGUCCCUAAGCCUGCUGCUCCACCUGCAAAACCUAUACAAUGGAAAAGCCAAACUAAAGAAAAUAAAGUUGGAACUUCUUUCCCUCAUGAGUCUGCAUAUAGUGUUGGCAACUUCAAUGCUUUUAAAUCAACUGCCAAGAAUUUUAGUCCAUCGACAAAUUCAGUGAAAGAGUGUAAUCGUUCGAAUUCCUCUUCGCCUGUUGACAAACUUAAUCAACAGCCUCGUCUAACCAAACUGACACGGAUGCGCACUGAUAAGAAGAGUGAAUUUUUGAAAGCAUUGAAAAGGGACAGAGUAGAAGAGGAACAUGAAGAUGAAAGUCAUGCUGGCUCAGAAAAGGAUGACGACUCAUUCAGUUUGCAUAACAGCAAUAGUACUCAUCAAGAAAGGGAUAUAAACAGAAACUUUGAUGAAAAUGAAAUUCCACAAGAGAAUGGCAAUGCCUCAGUAAUUUCCCAACAGAUUAUUCGAUCUUCAACUUUUCCACAAACUGAUGUUCUUUCCAGUUCUCUUGAGGCAGAACACAGGUUAUUGAAGGAGAUGGGCUGGCAGGAGGACAGUGAAAAUGAUGAAACAUGUGCACCCUUAACUGAGGAUGAAAUGAGAGAAUUCCAAGUUAUUAGCGAACAGUUACAGAAGAAUGGUCUGAGAAAAAAUGGUAUUUUGAAAAAUGGCCUGAUCUGUGACUUCAAGUUUGGACCCUGGAAAAACAGCACUUUUAAACCUACAAUUGAGAACGAUGACACAGAGACAAGUAGCAGUGACACAUCAGAUGACGACGAUGUGUGAAGGAUUUCCUAACAGCUUUAGAAAUUUUAGUAUGAUACAUCUCUCAUGCAGUUUGGGGUAAAUUGUAAAAACGAAGAACUAUAAUUUAUGUAGUAAAAUACCCCAUUAGAAGAUGAUUUUUUUGGGGGACUUCAGUAUGAAGAAAACCAAGAAUAUUGUGUUGGGCUGUGUUGAACAUUAUUUCUUUGUAAAUGAAUGUUGUAGAAAUGAGGACUUACGGUUGAUCCAACAUUGACUUUCUUCAUCACUGCAGCAUUUCUCUGACUAGCAAUGUGACAAUGUAACAAAUGAGACUUUCUCAUUUAAUAAAAAAUUGUGUAAUGUUUUGCAAA